UUUUAGUCUUUUAUACUGUAGUUAAUAGUUAUAUUAUAGUUAAAUAAAUACAUAUUUUGUAGUUUAUACAUUUCAGAUUUUGGGAGUCUGGACUCGGGACUUUGGGUCGACGAAACUCGACUGAGGAUUGUGAUUGAAUGAGUUUUAAAAUAUUUAAAUGUGUUUUGUGUAGAGUUUGAAAAACGUUCGGUCGAUUGUUUAUAUAAGUUGUGCUCAAGUCCUACGCGCUAACAAACUCAACAUGUCGUUAGUGUGUGCUAUUUCUAAUGAAGUGCCAGAGCAUCCUGUGGUAUCACCAGUAUCCGGAUCAAUUUUCGAAAGACGUCUUAUAGAGAAAUACAUCAAAGAAAACAAUACUGAUCCUAUAAAUGGCGAAGAAUUAACUGUUGAACAGUUAGUAGACAUAAAAACCGCCUCCAUUGUUAAACCUAAACCUGUAACUGGCACUAGCAUUCCUGCAAUAUUGAAAAUGCUCCAAGAUGAAUGGGAUGCAGUGAUGUUACAUGCAUUUACACAAAGACAACAAUUGCAAACUGCUAGACAAGAAUUGAGUCAUGCUUUGUACCAGCAUGAUGCUGCUUGUCGUGUGAUAGGCCGUUUGACUAAGGAAGUGACAGCUGCACGUGAGGCUUUGGCUACACUCAAACCUCAAGCAGGAAUUUCGGUUGGCGAUUCAUCUGCAAAUGCUGGACCUACUACAAUACCACAACCAGCUAUUGCUAUGGAAGCCGCGGGAGUGCCAAAUCAACCCACUGAAGAAGCAGGUAUAACUGAUGAUAUUAUUAAGAAACUACAAGAGAAGGCUACAGUUUUAACACAAGAGAGGAAGAAACGAGGACGUACAGUUCCAGAAGACUUGAUGGACCAAGAAUCAUUAAAAGGAUUUAAAACAUUGGCAUCCCAUCCAGGUCUUCAUAGUGCUAGUGUACCAGGAAUAUUGUCUUUGGACAUACACAGUGAAGAUACUAGUAAAAUUUUAACGGGAGGAAAUGAUAAAAAUGCUACAGUAUUUAAUAAGGAUACUGAACAAAUAAUAGCUGUUCUGAAAGGUCACACAAAGAAGGUCACACGAGUCAUUUAUCAUCCAAAUGAAGAUGUUGUGAUAACUGGAUCACCUGAUACAACAAUUCGAGUAUGGAAUGUUGGUGCUUCUAAUCCCUUAUCUCAAAUAAUUAGAGCUCAUGAAGGUCCAGUGACUGGAGUGUCAUUGCAUCCAACUGGGGAUUAUGUUUUGUCUACAUCUGUUGACCAGAACUGGGCAUUUUCUGAUAUUCGCACUGGAAAACUAUUAACCAAAGUUUCAAGUCAAACUUCAAACAAUACUCUAACUACUGGACAAUUCCAUCCUGAUGGACUUAUUUUUGGAACUGGUACUUCAGAUUCAAAUGUUGUGAUUUGGGAUUUGAAGGAACAAUCAAAUGUAGCAACAUUUUCAGGACAUUCUGGACCAAUUACGGCCAUAUCAUUUUCUGAAAAUGGUUACUAUCUUGCUACUUCAGCAGAUGACUGUUGUGUAAAACUUUGGGAUUUACGUAAAUUAAAAAACUUUAAAACUCUCGUCAUGGAUGAUGGAUAUGAAAUCAAAGACUUAUGUUUUGACCAAAGUGGAACUUAUCUGGGUGUUGCAGGAACUGAUGUUCGUGUUUAUAUGUGUAAGCAAUGGCAAGAAUUGAAAGUCUUCAACGAUCACACAGCAUUGGCUACAGGAAUUAGAUUUGGAAAACAUUCUCAAUUUAUUGCUUCUACUAGUAUGGACAGAACACUGAAACUUUAUGGAAUUUAAAGAAGAAAUAGUGUAAGCUAUGACUCAAUUUUAGGCUAAAAUAACUGUUAAGGUUAUAUACCUUUUUUACUUGCAAUAUUGCACAAACAAUUUAGACUUUAUUAAUAAAAAAAGAAACCCCUGAAUUCAUGUUUGAAAUUAUUGUUUUGUUUAUAUUAAUUUAAUUCCUUAAUAUGUAUAGAAAAAAGGAUAUUUUUCAGUUUCCACUCUUAGUAGUACAAAUGACUGAUUUUACUGUAGUUUAUACAUUCUUAAAUCAUCAAACAGGACUCAGGUAAAAUGUAUUAAACAUAAACAUAAUAGUUCAAUGUAAAAUCUAAAUGAUAAAUGUAUUAUACUUGUGAUUUUAAAAAGAGCUAUGUUUCUCAAAGACAUUACAAUUAACGCUAUUAUAACAUUUACAAUCAACUUUUGGCAUGGUUUAACAACCACUGCAAGAUCAUAACAUUGUAUCACCAUUCUGUAUUGCCCCUCAUUCUAUAUAUUUGUUAAUUUAAUUUUUAAUUGCUUUACCUGUAUUAACAGCUCUAAUAGUAAUUAUGCCAACAAAGGUUCAUACAUAUUAUUAUUUAAUUAUAAAACUAUCAUAACCAUAUAAUAAAAAUUUGAUUUUGAAAAUAUUAGAAACUAAUUUAUAGCCCAUUUGGUUAAAAAAUCACAAAUUUGCCAUUUAUUUUGUUUAUUGAACAAUACCUUAAGAUAUUUAAUUGUUUUCAUUCCCAACAAGUGUUGAAAUCAGUGGAAUAACUAUAUUUCAUUAUCCUAAGGGGGAGUAGGGUUAAUACUAUUACAUUUCAUUUUAUAUCUGGGAAUCAUUAAAUUUGAUAAAAAUUAUUUUUGAGGGGGCUCAACACUCCUGGUUGCGGAACUGGUUAAAAUUAUAUAAUUUUAUAGAAACUGAUACAUUGGUUCACUUUUUGUUGAUGAACACAAAUAUAACUAUUUAUUGGGAACAUUAUUGGGUUUCAUAUUUAUACUAUUGAUUGUAAACAUGAAUAUUAUUAAUUUAUGAUUAAAAUUAUAAUAUUCAUGUAAAAAUAUUUUUUAUAUUUUAUAAGUAUUAAAUAUUGAAUCUUUUCAAACAAUUAUUUACAAUGAAAUAUACGGUUUAUUUAAAAUGUCAUAAAUAAAUUACUUUAAUGGAAAAA